CAGGGCCGGGCCGGGUACAGCCAGCGCCGCGCUCCCCGCGCCGCCCGGGCCGGCCCGCCGCUCCCCCGGGCCGGGCGGGGUCACCUUCAUGGGCGGGCGGGAGCGCGCGGCGCUGCCCGCGGCCUGGUGAGGCGGAGGCGGAGCGGCGGCACCGGCACCGGGGGCGAUGUUCGUGCAGGAGGAGAAGAUCUUUGCGGGGAAGGUGCUGAGGCUCCAUGUGUGCACCAUGGAGGGCGCCGAGUGGCUGGAGGAGGUGCCCGAGGACACCACGGUGGAGAAGCUCAAAGAGCGGUGCCUGAAGCACUGUGUUCCUGGGAGCCUGGAGGAUCCCAAAACUGUGACACAUCAUAAGCUGAUCCAUGCUACUUCUGAGAAGGUGCUGACAGACACAAAAACAGUGUUGGAGGAGAACAUUCAGGACAGAGAUGUGUUGCUGCUGGUCAAGAAGCGUGCACCAGCUCUGCUCCCCAAGAUGGCAGAUGUGGUUGCAGAGGAGAAGAGGAAGCAGGAGCAGAAAGCUCCUGACAAGGAUGCCAUCCUCAAAGCCACUGCCAACCUGCCUGCCCGCAGCGUGGACCGCACCGUGAGCCACCACAACAUGAGGGAUUUUCCUUUCUUGCAGUUCCAGACAGAACUCCGGAAGAUUUUGGUGUCUCUCAUAGAAGUUGCACAAAAAUUGCUAGCACUGAACCCUGAUGCAGUUGAACUAUUUAAGAAGGCGAAUGCCAUGCUGGAUGAGGAUGAGGAGGACAGGGUGGACGAGAUCGCGCUGCGCCAGCUCACCGAGAUGGGCUUCCCAGAGAGCAGAGCUGUCAAAGCCCUCAGGCUGAACCACAUGUCAGUGACCCAGGCCAUGGAGUGGUUGAUAGAACAUGCUGAUGACCCUGCUGUGGAUGCUCCUCUGCCAGGUCAGGCUCCUGCAGAAGCCCCAGCUGAAGGUGCUGCCUCCUCUGCUGAGGCAGCUGCAGGUCCCAGCUCGGAGGAGGGCAGGGAAGAGGCCAAGGAUGAGCUGACAGAAAUCUUCAAGAAGAUCCGGAGGAAAAGAGAGUUUCGUCCAGACCCAAGGGCUGUCAUUGCCCUGAUGGAGAUGGGAUUUGAUGAAAAGGAAGUGGUGGAUGCACUCAGAGUGAACAACAACCAGCAAAACGCAGCCUGUGAGUGGCUGCUGGGAGACAGAAAACCUUCUCCAGAGGACUUAGAUAAGGGCAUUGAUACCAACAGCCCUCUCUUCCAAGCCAUCUUAGAAAACCCAGUGGUACAAUUAGGGCUCACCAACCCUAAAACUCUACUAGCCUUCGAGGACAUGCUUGAAAACCCCUUGAACAGCACUCAGUGGAUGAACGAUCCCGAAACGGGGCCGGUGAUGUUACAGAUCUCCCGAAUCUUCCAGACACUGAAUCGCACGUAGAGGGAGCUGCCAGUGCACUGUGCCACUUCCCCCUGGCCCUCACCCCCCCUCCACCACCUCGGGAGGGUGCCUGGAUGGUUGGGAAGGAGUGGAUGGA